AUGGCGACCUGGUUGAAAUGGGUUGUUCUAUUAGCCGCUGUGAUUAUAAGGCAGUGGACAUCGCACAUCAACGCAACCUUCACCAAGGAACUGCUAUCCAAUUUCCCCGAACAGAAUGAAGCCAACAGAAUCAUUGCCUUUGUGACGGCGCACCCCGACGACGAGUCGAUGUUUUUCACCCCGCUGCUGGAGCUGCUGAGCAGUACGCCGUCAGUCGCCGGUGGAAGGGUGAGGGUGGAGUUGAUAUCGCUGACUAAAGGUGACUUUGCGGGUCUCGGGGACGUCCGCAUUGUGGAGCUGGAUGCGGUAUGCCGUAGGUACAAGGUGAACUGUACGGUGGUGGACGAGAGUGAGUGGCAGGACGGGACGGCAGCCUGGGACGUUGCGAAGGUCUCUGAGAGGAUCGAGGAGUUCGUGAUUGAGCGUGGCGUAGGUCUCAUUAUCACCUUCGACCGCCACGGCGCCUCUGGACACCCGAAUCACAUCAGCGUGCACAAGGCGGUGCUCAACAUGAAGAAAAGGCUACCAGGGGUAACGGUCUGGCGUCUACAUACAUACGCCAUUUUGAACAAAUACUUCGCUCCAUUUGCUGUUGUGCGUUCCCUGUUCGUCAGACCCAGCCUUAUAAGCUUUUCGCCGUUGAAGGUCAUCCGUAACAUGAGCGUCCACAGAAGCCAAUGGAGGUGGUAUUUGUAUCUUUGGUCGUUAUUUGGGUCAUAUAGCUACACCAACUCUUUCGACAUACUGUAA